CGCCGGGCGGGGUGCGCGGUGAGCACCGGCGGAGGAAUCGCUGGUUGAUAGUACACCAAGAGGGAACUACUGUGUAGCUCUUUGAAAAUGUUUCAGUAGAAAUUGUGCAGAGCUUGUGACAAGUCGCUCCGGCUUAGAAUAUCUUAAAUUAUACAAUGGCGGAUCAGUUGACCGAGGAACAAAUCGCCGAGUUCAAGGAGGCGUUCUCCCUAUUCGACAAGGACGGCGAUGGCACCAUCACCACCAAGGAGUUGGGCACCGUCAUGAGGUCGCUCGGGCAGAACCCCACCGAGGCCGAGCUCCAGGACAUGAUCAACGAGGUCGACGCUGACGGAAACGGCACAAUUGACUUCCCCGAGUUCCUCACAAUGAUGGCCCGCAAGAUGAAAGACACAGACUCAGAGGAGGAAAUCAGAGAAGCCUUCCGUGUCUUCGACAAGGACGGCAACGGCUUCAUUUCGGCCGCCGAGCUCAGGCAUGUGAUGACAAACUUAGGUGAAAAGUUAACGGACGAGGAGGUGGACGAAAUGAUCAGGGAGGCUGACAUUGACGGCGACGGUCAGGUCAACUAUGAAGAAUUUGUCACAAUGAUGACUUCAAAGUGAACACCUAAUUCCUAAUGAAUCAAAACUAAUUGUAUGCAAGAAGAAGCUUAAAUGAUUGGUCAGAACAGAAUUUCGACAAUUUCUCCUUCACGUACACGGGGGAUCUUACCGUACAUAACAAAACAACACACUGAGAAAUAUAAAAAGUGCUUAUUUCUUUCAUCUAAAAUGCAUCAAACAAGAAAUCACAAGACAAAACCCCCUCUUUGAAAUAUAAUAUAAUGAUAUGAACUUUUUGUAUAAAAAUACGUGUCUCUGUGUAUAUUAAAUGUUUUAUUAUAAAUGAAAAAUGCGCUAUAUUUUAAGUUGUUCUCUCCUUAUUCUUCUACUGUGUGUAGACUCGAUUGAUUUUCACAUUGUGUAUAAAUACAAAUGGGGAAAAAAGAGAACUUUGGAUUUUGUUACGAAGUGACUUGUUAUGCGCGGACUACUUGUACAUCAAUUUUAUGAGCAAGUCUGUGUAAUUUUUAAUUAUGCGAAAGUCAGUAUUAUAUAUAUUUGGACAUAUAAUGGUUUUAAUUGAGGAAUUUGGUUGUUUGAUUGAUUGCUUCUGUUUGUUGACGAUACAUGAAAGCGACGAGUAAUAAUUAUUGUUUGUUCACACUUCUCUCGAGGUAGUAGCAUAUGUUAAUUGAUUGAUUAUACCUACCGACGGCAAGAAAACACACACUCACGAGAUAAAAUGCAACGCGUAUGAUUUCGAACUUGUCCAGAGUGCAUCAUCAAUCACGCGCGGUUAUACUUUGGAAAAAUACGAAAAGCUUUUGUCCUCUUAACCACUCUAUAUUAUUAUUCUUUACGAUUGUGCGAUUGCGAAAGGUAUUUUGCGAUCGCGGCGACACACCCUCUUCAUUUUUACAAUAACAAAAUUCAAUUAAUUAAUUGAUAUUGCAACACGCGGUUUAAAAUUGUGUAUAUCAAACAAGCAUAUUGUGACUACAUGUAAGACAAAAGGUAACUUUUUCAAUGCAUUUUUCAUCAUUGAUCGCAAUCCAAUGGAAGUAAAUUUGUAGUCUUAAAAAUUAAGAGGGAAAACAAUGAUAACCUAAAUCAUAGGAUGCCUAUAAAUAUUAAACAAAAAACAUUUUUUCCAAUUUAAAAAGGAUACAUUAAGAAACCUCCAAUUAAUUAACAUUCCACUGUGCUAUACUUUCAGCACACAUUUUUAUUUCCUUUGCUGUUUGUGUGAUUCUUCAAAAUUGAACAAGUAAGAAAGCAAGCAAUCAACUUUGUACUUAUCGCAAUGCAAAGGUGACGACGACACACAAUUGAUUUUACUCUGUACUUUGAAUGAAGCAUUCAAUGAUGAUGACAUAUAAAAAGAAAUUGUUCGAUUGCGUCUUGUUACUUCAUCAUUAUGUAUGAUCAUUCUUGUAUGCUGUUCUUGAAUAAAACAAAAACUGUUGAAAACUCUGUGGUGCUGUCUCAAGAAACAUCUUGUUGCAAAAGUAAAAACAAAAGAUAUUAAACAUAGCAGAUAACACACACACACACGCGAACUUCUCGAUGCCAUAUGGAAAUGAAAAAAAAACACGAUUCUUCUUUUGCCAGGAAGCAGCAAGUUGAGGAUGCGACUCUUUAAAUGUUGUGUUUUAGAUUAAUUUGCAGGGUCGAAUAAACACGGUUUCGGAUUUCGGAUGGUGCGCGAGCCAGCUCGGAACAAGCACACGCAUGAAGGCGAUCGAGCGCCGCGGAAAGAAAGAAAGAAAGAAAGAAAAUUGAGUCAUUGACAGACACUUUUCACGAAAAAUGAUGAGUGACACGAAUAUAAAUAGAGGCGGCUGGCCAAGUGUUUCAACUUGGCGGCCCUUGGAUUCAUUACUUGUGUAUGCUUAACGAAUACUACAAAAUUAUUGUACCAUAAUUAUUUAUUAUUGUAGAUUAAUUUAAAAACGAUUAAAGUGUGAAAAAUACAAUAAAAAUGACCAAAAAUCUUCA